AUGAGUGGCGAUGUAAGUGAUGGAGAUACAAAUACAUUGAAGAGAAGUGUGCCAGCUAAGGUAAUGCGAUAUUUUCCUCUUAUCCCGAGGCUAAAAAGAAUCUACAUGUCAUCAGAAACAGCGGAAGAGAUGAGAUGGCAUGAUACAGAGAGAUUGGGUGAACAUGAUAAGAAGAUUUUGAGGCAUCCAUCAGAUGCCUUAGCUUGGAAAGCAUUUGAUGAGCGUCAUAGCGAUUUUGCAUUAGACCCUCGCAGUGUUCGAUUAGGUCUUGCGAGUGAUGGGUUUAAUCCUUAUCGUUUAAUGAACACCUCUUAUAGUACGUGGCCGGUGAUGUUGAUUCCUUAUAACCUUCCACCAUGGUUAUGUAUGAAACCAUCUUCUUUCAUUUUAUCCACACUUAUUCCCGGAAAAACAAGUCCCGGAAUUGAUAUUGACGUGUAUCUGCAACUGUUAGUGCAUGAAUUGAAAUUGUUGUGGACGGGGGUUGAAGCUUUUGAUGCUUUUGGUAGAGAGAAAUUUAAUUUGCGAGCGGCUUUGCUUUGGACUAUUAAUGACUUUCCUGCCUAUUCAAUGCUUUCUGGUUUGAGCACAAAAGGUUACAAUGCAUGUCCAGUAUGCAUAGAUUUCACGCCUUCUGAUAGAUUUGGGAGCAAGAUAUGUUAUUGUAUGUAUAGAAAAUGGUUACCCGCAGAUCACCCAUAUCGAGCUCAAGGUUCCAUGUUUUGUGAGAAGUUCGGAACUAACGAGUGGGGUGAAGCUCCAUCUCGUCCUAGCGGGACUGAUAUAUUGAGGGAACAAGAAAAGGUCGAGUAUGUUUAUGGAAAUUCGAAGGCACCACAAAAAAAAAGAGGUAGACAAAGAGGUCAUAAUGAUAACAAUAAUAACAAUGAUGUCCAAGAUGAAAAUGCUUAUGGUAAUGAUAAGAGUAGAGAUAGUAGGGAUGAUCGAGUAGCCCUUAAACAUUGGAGGAUAAAGCCUCACCUUUGGCUUGAGACCAAUCAUAAUGGAAGCGAAUACAUGCCUCCGGCUUCUUAUUCUAUGUCUACGGAGGAGAAAGAGAGGUUCUUAAAUGUUUUGCAGAAACUUAAAGUUCCGGAUGGAUAUGGAUCCAACCUUUCUAGUUGUGUGAAUAUGAAGCAAAGGAAGUUGAUUAACCUCAAGAGUCAUGACAACCAUGUUCUAAUGCAAGAUAUCCUCCCCGUCGCCUUAAGAGCUUCUAAUGCUACAAAGGUGAUUGACUUGUUGGCUAGAUUAUCUUCGUUUUUCAAGAAGUUGUGCUCCACCAGUAUUGAUCUAGAUGAUUUAGAUGGUCUUCAAGAUGGAAAUAUUUUAACUCUUUGUGAGUUGGAAAAGGAGUUUCUGCCUUCAUUUUUUACAAUCAUGGUCCAUUUGUUGAUUCACUUAGUGGAGGAGGUUAAACUUGGUGGACCAGUGCAAUACAGAUGGAUGUAUCCCAUUGAAAGGUACUUGUCCCAUUUGAAAUCACAUGUAACCAAUAAAGCCCAACCUGAAGGAUCUAUUGCGGAAGGCUUCCUUUUAGAGGAGACAAUUAGGUUUUGUUCGAGAUAUCUUCAAGGUGUUAAGACUAUCUUCAACAUACCUAAAAGGAUGGAUGAUGACAUUCCAAAUCCCAAUGAUUACUUGUUUAAUUCUGGUGGUCGAGUUAUUGGGAAGGAGGUUAGCGUUCGCCUUGAUGACAAAACCUUAAAGCAAGCUCAUCGCUACGUUUUACUUCAUUGUGAUGAGAUUAAAGGGGAAUUAGAUGAAUUUUUAACGGAGAAGCGUCAAAUGAACUUACGAAAUUCUGUCACGGAGAGUGAUGAAAGUAAUUGGAUCAUCAAUGAAUUUGGAGGGUGGCUGCAAAAUAAGGUACAUUGCAUAGAUGUAACCACCGAAGAUGGAAAACUAAGAAGAGCGUUGGCGGGUGGUUUGAAUUAUUAUGGUAGAAAAUUAAAAGGAUUCAUGAUCAAUGGUUAUAAGUUCCUUUCCACGGAUCGCGAUUGUCGUCUUUUGACACAAAGUUCUGGAAUUAUGGUUGAAGCGGAUGGAGAGGAGUACUAUGGAAAAGUGAUAGAUAUUUAUGAAUUAAAUUACUAUGGAGAUUAUAAAGUUGUAUUGUUUCGUUGUGAUUGGGUAGACAUUUAUAGGGGUGUAAGAGCCUAUCCAAAUGGAGGAGUAUGUGUCAAUUUUUCUAAAUUGAUGCAUAGCGGGCGAUUAUUGCAAGAUGAUCCAUUUGUAUUCUCAUCUCAAGCAAAACAAGUUUUUUACAUAGAAGAUGAGAUACAAAAAGGGUGGUGGCAUGUUGUUAAGAAUAAGCCUAGAGACUUGUUUGAUUUAGGUGAUUCUUUACCGGUAGAGGAAGAGGGUGGAGCCGAUUGA